AUGGCCCAGUACGUACCGUGGUAUCUGAAGCAAUCACCGCCCGUCUUCUGCUGGCCAUGCGUUCCAGUCUACACGGGUAUCUGGCCAGGCCGCAAAUGUGUUUUAAUCAUCGGAGGAUGUUUGUUCGCUAUUGGAAUCAUGAUCUUGUUAUGCCUCCUACUUUUAUGUAUCGCCAUUGAAUGUGCAGCUGUGUAAGUAGUACCUUUAUAUUGCAUUAGUACCUUGGUAUAGAUAAGAGUAUUAAAGAAAGACUGGUAAAAAAUUACCAAGAAGCUACAUUCAAUUUUUUUAAAUUACACACAAAAUUGAGAGUAAAAUUUUUAAAAAAUUUUAAGACAUACCCAAACUAAAAAAUUACCAAAUUUGACAAGAUCCGCAGCCAAUUAUAAUUCGUCACGAAUCGUAUAUUAAUCAUGUAAUUAUAGGUCAGCCGGCCUGCUUCCCUUGGCCAUUAUCCUCAUAUUAGUAGGUAUCUUGCUCUUCCAUUGUGGCUGGGCCGCUCAUUUACUAGACUAUGGAGGAAAGGUGCCAACAGAGUAAGUGAUAAACUACAUUUUAAACACGACUACAAUUACAAUCAUAUGGACGCCUUAACACACUACCUUUUCAAUUUCAAUGCCUAUUUAGAAAAAGCUUAACAUAAAUGAGCAGUACAAUUAAAAAAAUACAAAAUAUGUCGUAUUACUGUCCCAUUUCAGAGAAAUAUACCACAAAAGAACGACACGAGGUGUCAAUGAAGCUGACGACAAUGGUGACGAUGAAGAAGAGCUUGUAGGCGUAGAAGUCAUCGAACAAAAGCCCCAACAACCCAUCAAGCAAGGAUUCUGGCAAUUCGAACAAAACGACUCUUGGCAAAACGUUACAAACCCAUACCCAAUCCAGUAAGUGACCUAAUCACGUAAAAUAUAUUAUUCUACAAAUACAGAAAGGUUUAUUUUGGUUUCUAAACAUGAAUUUAAAUUAUGACCUUAGCUUUCACAAAAAAUAAGACAAUAUUAUAUAAAAAAAUAUUCGGAAUUGUUACCUAAAAUUAUUUACAGGCACACCUUGAAGCCAGUUCUCGACCGUCAACCUUAUGUUUAG